CGUGAUAUUGCCGGACUGCAGCCGCCACAAAGUGCGAUUACCGUAUCCUCACCCCAGUCCCUCUCUAUCAGAGUGCGAAGAGUGCGAAUAGACCGUCAAGAUGGUGAACAUUACGGAGAAGAUCAAAGAGAUUGAGGAUGAGAUGAGGAGGACGCAGAAGAAUAAGGCUACGGAAUACCAUCUUGGUCUACUGAAAGGAAAACUUGCCCGUCUCCGCGCCCAACUCCUCGAACCCGCUGCAGGUGCAGGUUCCGGCGGAGGACAAGGAUUUGAUGUAUCGAAAUCCGGAGAUGCGCGUAUUGCACUCGUUGGCUUCCCCUCGGUAGGAAAGUCUACCUUCCUCUCCAGAGUCACAAAGACGAAAUCGGAAGCCGCAUCAUACGCCUUCACCACGCUUACGGCGAUUCCUGGUGUGCUUGAGUAUGGUGGUGCUGAGAUUCAGGUCUUGGAUUUACCGGGUAUCAUUGAGGGUGCUGCGGAGGGCAAGGGACGAGGAAGACAGGUCAUUAGUGCUGCGAAGACAAGUGAUCUCAUCUGCAUGAUUCUUGAUGCUACGAAGAAGGCAGAACAGAGGCGAUUGCUGGAAGCUGAAUUGGAAGCCGUAGGUAUCAGAUUGAACCGCGAGCCGCCGAACAUCUACCUCAAGCCCAAAAAGGCCGGCGGCAUGAAGAUCAACUUCCAGGUCCCGCCGAAGCAUCUCGACGAGAAGAUGGUCUACAACAUUCUCAAAGACUACAAGAUGCUCAACUGCGAAGUCCUCGUCCGAGACGAAAACGCAACAGUCGACGACUUCAUCGAUGUCAUCAUGAAGGACCACAGGAAAUACAUCAAGUGUCUCUACGUGUACAACAAGAUCGAUAGCAUUGGUCUCCCGCACUUGGACGAACUGGCACGAGAGCCGCACACCGUCGUCAUGAGCUGUGAGCUCGACCUCGGCAUUCAAGACGUCGUGGACAGGUGUUGGGAAGAGUUGAGACUUAUUAGGGUGUACACCAAGAGGAAGGGCAAUGACCCAGAUUUCUCAGAGGCGCUCAUUGUACGGCACGGAAGCACGAUCGAAGAUGUUUGCGACCAAGUGCAUCGGACGCUGAAGGAGACAUUCAAGCAUGCUCUGGUCUGGGGUGCGAGUGCCAGGCACGUGCCACAGAAGGUGGGCUUGGGACAUGUAGUUAGCGAUGAGGAUGUUGUCAGUAUCGUGGCAAAGUAAUUGUGUCGUCGAAGCCAGGUAUGGAAUAGAGACGAAUGAGCAUCAGCUGUAUACGGCUCACAAGAGGGUCUGCCGAGACCGCCUAGAUCCAAAUCUUUCACGCCACCAAUAAUUGACCAUUCCUGCUACCAGUCAAGACAAAUGCACGCCACAAAACGCGCAAUCACGGUUUGUAAGCGCAAGAGUGGCGUGUCAACCGUGCUGUGAGCGUCCGAGCAUGUUCCGAGCAUCGGAUGAGAAGAUCUGAUAAG